UAAGUCACUGAUAAAGAAUCUACUGAGAAAAUAAAAUAAAAAACUGAAAUGAAUCAUUUUUCCAUACAAUAACAUGCAAGCAAUUACAGCUAGGUGAGUUAAGACACGUGAACCUCAGGACACCAUUCGGUCUCCAUGACGAUGAUGUACCAAAACACCCACUCGCCGAACAUCCGUGUUGCGUCGUGUGUGUCAUUUAGCUGUGCUUGAAUAGUUGUUCAAUUGCACCAAAGAUCAAUCGAUAGAUACAGCAGCGUGUGUGAGGACGUUCCUGCUGCACACAGUUGCUGAAGUGUCCAGACAACUCGCUAGCCGCCUUUGGAUUGUUCGCAAGCUUAUCAAAAGCACACACGACAAAUCCGCCUCUUGCUCGCCGCCGUGUUGCUACUAUGAAGCAUCAACAAGUGGUACCGGACUAUGCGGCCAUGGUGAAAACUUCCGGCACGUGUCUCUGCUUGGUAUUUUCCGGAUGGGUACUAUUUAAACUAGUACAGGCCAUUUUCUGGCUACCGGGCUAUUUGGAAAAGAAUCAGGAACAACUGUAUCGCCGGGUCGAAGAACGAUCGAGAAUGUUGCCCGACGAGGAAGUUGAUAGAGUGAAGACCAGCUCAAAAGCACGUGACCACACGUCUGCUGAAUGUACCAAUAAGGAACGUUGUUUAGAUGAUGGCCCAACGAGCGAGACAAUUAUGGAAGAGAAGGGAGAAAAUGAUGCGGUGGAGUGUGAAGCCGACAACAAAAAGGAUAAAUAAUGAGGUUGCUCUUUGGAGGAUGAUAGUGGAAAUAUUAUAAAAUUAUUCAAACACAAUUCACCAAACAGUUUAACAGUUUUAACGCGUUCAAGCAGUAUGGCAAGAAGUGAUAUGUGUGGACCUAUGCAAACACAAACGAACUGCAUCACUCAAACCUACAACAUGUACAACAAGCCUGUUUUUUUUAAUCGGAUGAUGUUUGAUUUUAUUUCAUUGUAAGUUAAUCCACUGUCUGUGUUAUAAUGCAAAGCCGCCCGGUUACGUCUUUUGAUCUACACUCUUGAUACAAUUGUCAUUUCCUAUUGGGAGAAAAAUCGCAUAUUUGCAAUAGUUGGUGCAGUUUGUCUGGGUGAGGUAUGAUUGAAUAAUUAUUAUUUUAAGCAAUACAGACACAAUUAAAUAGUUUGCAUUUUAGAAGACGUAUCAAGAACAAAAUCUGGAUGUUUUCUGUUUGAAAAAAAGCGUGCCAAUUAACUGGCACAAAUUCAAUAGUUGCAAUCGAAGUUCAUUCAGUGCAUUCGGACUGUAGUAUCAAUCGAUUGAGUUGCGGGCUGGUUUCCGUAAUGCUUUCUACACCUUACGUCCAAAGUUUAGAUGUUUCUUCGUAUUCCGGUUUCUUAUUCUACUGGUAAAACAAACACUAAUAAAAUAAUUCAAAGAAGCAUCAAACAUAAGCUUUUCAAUCCACGUGGUUCGAUAUGCACAUCUGUGUUUAUGUGUUUAUGUGUGAGCGUGCGCGGAUAAAACAUCAUCGGUAUGAAUGAUGCAAUACACACAAACACAUACAUGCACGCUCACGAACAAUACAAUGAACCUAAUACUGCAUUUUACAGAUAGAUUUUUCAUUCUGAAUGGUUUAGUCAUCCUUUUUACGCUAAUUAUUCGCCCUUUACAUGGUUUAGCGUUUCUUUUACGCUUAACAUAAAUCUUCCCCUCCCCUUCCCCGCCAUUGUUAUGCUAGCUGUACAUGAAUAAAUGGGAGAACACAAUUCUCUGCAUUAUAUUCGCAUGUACUAAUUGCAGUGAAGUGAAAUAAAAUUUAAGAACCUAUUUCAAUCAAAUUGCAAAUUUGCAAAGCAAUAUAACCAUGUGUUAGUUGUUCCUUCCUAUUCCUAUAGGAAUUUCUUUCCCGUCCCUAAAUUAUUGCAAUGUUGUUCCAAUAGUUGAUAGUAAUUCUUUAACCAUUUAGAGCGUUAAUCGGGUGCGCAAAGGAACGACUGGAAACGUGGUGCAUUUAAUGGGGCGCAACAUUGUGUCACUUGCAAGCAUUGCUAAGCAUAUAAUGUGCCACCGUGUCGUAAAUUAUGUGAAGGGGUGAACAAUUUAAUUUCAGUUUGGCACAUAACUGCUAAUUUUUGCUUUGUUUUGUUUACGUUUUUAAUAUUCUGUCUUUUGGUUUAAUGAAACAAAUGGACCCAUGGCCCAUUGUUCAGCGAACAAGUUUCGAAAACAAAAGGGUAAAAAUAUUGCCACAAACGAUUGCGCGAAAGGAUGUGUUAUUGCAAUCAAUCAUUCUUUAAAAGUUUCUACUUUUAAAUUCCCUGGUGCUGUGCAAUUCCUUCUUCCAUUGAUGUUUUGGUUCAGAAAGUGGAUUCAUUUUAUACCGUCCUCGAACAGUUGUGGAUCUCUAUCUUCUUUUCGACAACAUUUUGUGACAACUAUGUGAUUGCCUAAACAAUCGUAGUACUAUUUCUGAAAUUAAAUUAUCUAAAAAUCCUGUUCUCCUAUGUCCCUCCACGCCGGUAGCGCAAGUUAAUCUGAGCCUAAGUUAUACAUUUUAAAUUGGUACUUUACACGUGUUUUGUUUUGCAGCGACUGUCAAGAAGGCUAUUCGUAAUUUCUCGUUGCCCGCGCCUAAUGGUUAGUUGCAUGAAAAUGUUCAGUUUAAAUCAAUUAAAGAAGGAAAUCAAAUAUACAACUCAAAAAACA